AUGACCCUGAAGGUGCAUAUGGAGCAGAGGCACUCACAGAGGGAGGGUGGACUGGAGUGUGAUGUUUGCAAGUCUGUAUUGAGCACCGAGAGAUCCUACAAGGAGCACACAACGCGACAUGUAAGACGCUACGAGUGCGUCGCUUGCGGCAAACGCAACAACAACGUGCACCCGGUGAUAAAGCAUUACAACGAGCAACACGGCAGCAUCAGCACCCGGUUUACUUGCGCAGAGUGCGGCUUCACCACCGAGUCGCACAGCCGCUACAGAUACCACCGCGACAAGCACAAGGCGAAGGUUGAGUGCAAGGAGUGCGGCAGCACCUUCGUCAACCCCACCGGGCUGCGGGUCCACAUGUUCACGGUCCACGGGCACUCGGACCGGGUGUACUCGUGCCACGCGUGCGGCAAGCGAUACCGCGCCAAGUCGAGCCUCGCCUCGCACCAGGCGCGCCACGCGGCCGCCGCCGCUUCGCCCUCCACCUUCUGCCCGCCCUGCGGCACCCACUACCGCUCGCCGCUCGGCCUGAGGCACCACCUGAAGACCCACUCGAGGCACGUGCGCGAAUCCGACAAGAGGUUCAUAUGUGACGAGUGCGGUUCGAAGUUUUCGACGAAGCGCUGCCUAGAAGAACACAUCGACUGGGUACACCUGAAGAAGGUCAAGCAUGAAUGCAGCAAAUGCUCAAAGGGCUUCAAAAACAACUCGGCCCUGAAAAAGCACAUGAACUACGUCCACGAGAAGAAGCGGCCGCCGCGGAACAAGAUCUGCGAUCACUGCGGGCGCGGUUUCACAACUCUGACGAUCCUCCGUUCGCACGUGCGCACGCACACCGGCGAGCGGCCGCUGCUAUGCUCGCACUGCCCCGCCACCUUUGCCCAUCCGGACGCCCUCUACACCCACACGAAACUCCUCCACGGCACCGGC